AUGGACGAGAAGCCUACCAUACAUCGGCUUUCCCAAGCCAGCGAUUCUCCAGAUAGCACGUCCAUUCACAGGGAUCGCAAAGCCUCCAUCACGUCUUUCGGCCAUGGGAAAUCGAAGGCUGAAGAGAAGGAGCGUAUCGAUGCAUUGGCUACGAGUCCUGGUGUGACGAUGGCAUCUUUCGCCCACCUUGACGAGAAGAAGAUACUGCGAAAGAUGGACUUGCGCCUCAUACCAAUGUUAGCUCUGUUGUACCUGCUGUCCUUUUUGGAUCGAGGAAACAUCGGUAAUGCGAAGAUUGAAGGGUUGACUGAAGAUCUCAACAUGACUGGUGCGCAAUACAACUGGUGUCUAACAGUGUUCUUCUUUACGUACGCCUUCUUCGAAGUACCAUCGAACCUCUUGCUCAAGAAACUUCGGCCAUCGAUUUGGCUACCAACCAUCAUGGUAGCAUGGGGUAUCGUCAUGACACUCAUGGGGAUAGUACAAAGCUACGAGGGAUUACUCAUUGCGAGAAUAUUCUUAGGUGUAACUGAAGCUGGUCUGUUUCCUGGAGUAGCCUAUUACAUAACAAUGUGGUACGCCCGCCAUGAAGCGCAGUUCCGCCAAGCCCUCUUCUUCUCCGCUGCCUCCGUCGCAGGCGCCUUCUCCGGUCUUCUAGCAUUCGGCAUUGCACACAUGGACGGUGUAGGAAAUCUUGCUGGUUGGCGUUGGAUCUUCAUCCUAGAAGGAAUCCUCACUGUUAUCGUGGCAGUUAUUGCAUACUUCACCCUCUUCGAUUUCCCGGAAACCGCCUCCUUUCUCACGGAAGAAGAACGCGCUUUUGUUGUCUACCGCCUGAAAUAUCAGAAUUUCAAGGAAGAGGUAGAUGGCGGCGUUAGGGUAGCACAGGAUGACAGUUUUCAGUGGAAAUUUGUCAAAAGCGCUUUUCUGGAUUGGCAAAUUUGGUUGAAUGUUCUGGUAUACUGGGGUAUGUCUGGAAUCGUAUGUCCACUAUACGGCAUAUCGCUCUUCCUGCCCUCGAUCAUUCGCGCACUCGGAUAUAGCUCCUCGACAGCUCAACUCUUGACCGUACCCAUUUACAUCACCGCGUCCGUCCUUGCUGUUGUCGUCGCAUACUACAGCGACAAGGUUGGCAAGCGGUAUCCGUUUAUCUUGGUAUGCCUCUGCAUUAUGGCCGUUGGUUUUAUCAUGUGUAUCGCAGGCGGCAGCGUACCAGGACUCGUAUAUGCAGGUGUCUUCAUUGCUGCUUGUGCUCUUUAUCCGGCAUUUCCAGGAAAUAUCACAUGGCUCAGCAACAAUUUGGCUGGAAGUACGAAGAGAGCUACAGGACAAGCUAUCCAGAUCGCCGUAGGUAAUUUGGCGGGCGCCAUGGCCUCCAACUUCUAUCGUGCAGAGGAUGCGCCGCGAUAUCUUCUCGGCCACGCUCUUGAGCUCGGAUUUAUCGUGGCGGGUAUUCUAGCAUUGCUGUUCAUAGUGUUCAACUACAAGCGCAUCAAUGCGAAGAGGGAACGACAGGUAGCCGAAGGUGCGCAUAACGGGUAUAGUCCGGAGGAGCUGGGCGCGCUCGGUGAUCGGGCGAUUACGUUCAGGUAUUUCCUCUAG